AUGACCGAGUCAACGCCAGCUCGCCGGUGGUAUGACUGGUACUCUCCCGAUGACAGCCCCGAAGAGAGAAAGCUCAUAUUGAAGCUCGACUUGUUGAUUGUUCCCUACGCGUUUAUCUUGUACUGGAUUAAGUAUAUGGACCAGACCAAUAUCAAUAAUGCAUACGUCUCGGGCAUGUCAGAGGAUCUUGGGUUCAAUGGCAACCAACUCGUUCAAUUUCAGACUAUUUUUGUAGUCGGCAACGUCGUUGGGCUGCUCCCUUUUAUCUACCUCUUCCCUCGAGUGCCCAUGCACAUCCUCGUCCCGACUCUAGACUUGGGCUGGGGCAUCUUCACCCUCCUACAAUAUCGUGCGCAAAGCUACGGCGAUAUCAUGGCCUACCGGUUCCUUGUCUCUUUAUUCGAAGUGAGAGCCAAACCUACCUACUUCCUCUCCCUCUCUAUACAUAUAAUAACUAAAUAUUGGUACCUGCCUUCAGGCGAACUACUUCCCCGCGCCCAUUUCGUCCUCGGUAGCUGGUACCGAAGCGAUGAAAUCGGCCGUCGAGGCGGCACCUUCUACGUCGGCUUGACCCUAGGCACUCUAACAGCGAGCCUCCUCCAAGCCGCCGCAACCACGCACCUCGACGGCCCAAACCGUCUCGUCAUAACGGAAUCCGAACUCGCGCUCACGCGCUCGCGGCUCGAGAAGGCGGGUGCCAGGAAGCUGGUGAAGACUCCCUUUUCCCUCCAUCUGCUGCGGCGCCUUUUCACGAAUUGGCGGUUUUAUGUGCUUGUGCUUUGGGACGUCUUCUUCUUCAACACAAGCGCCAAUACGGCUGCGUUCUUGCUGUGGAUUAAGAGUCUGCACCGGUACGAAGUGGCUACCAUGAACAACCUCGCAGCCAUAAGCCCGGCUCUGGGCAUCUUCUUCGUGCUCCUCAUCAACUUCAGUGCAGACUUGUGGAUCGGUCGCCCUGGGGCCAUCACGCUCGCUUCCGCGUUAAAUUUCACCGGGCUGACGAUCCUGGCCAUUUGGAAUGUGCCUGAGCCGGCCAAGUGGUUUGCGUUUAGUUUGGGAUACUCGGCGGUGGCUGUAUCAUCGGUUUUGUAUGGAUGGGCUAACGUGCUCCUGAGGGAUAACGACGAGGAGAGGGCGUUGACGCUGGUUCUUAUGACUGCUAUUGCGACUUCUACGACUGCUUGGGUACCGCUGUUUACGUACCCUACCGUCGAAGCGCCCAGGUUUCCGAGGGGGUAUGUCUAUUCUGCAACUAUGGUGGUGUGCCUGGUUAUUAUGACACAGCUUGUGAGGGUUUUGUUUGAUGGGUAUGGGAAACGCAGGAUCGAGGUUGAAGAGAGUGCCUCUAUUGAGCGUGUUGACGACGAGACGGCCAGUGUCCCGAGUCAUCAGGGGCUAAAUCCCAAAGAUUCUUAG